GAGGAGCCAAACGGACGGCCCAGAUUUCAUGUAAGCACUCCUGUCCACGCCAACCCGAUGGAAGCCGAUCCCCAAAACUGAAGCAGAGAACCCGAUCGGAGCAAUAAUGGACGCCCUCACCCGCCUCCACCGGUCGCUCGCCGGCGGCGACGACGAGGAGUGGCAGGAGGACGACAUCCUCGGUGAUACCGAAGGCCUCUGCUCUCUGUCCCCUCUCCAGCGGCUCUACGCCUUCGCGGCUUGCUUGGUUGCUGGACUCGCCCUCAUGAUGCUGUCACUUAUUGUUUUCGCCAGACCUAUCAAAUUUUCUCUGUUGUUUACAUUUGGAAACAUAAUGGCAGUUGGCAGCACAGUCUUCGUAAUGGGGGUAAAUAAACAAUUGAGGAUGAUGCUUGACCCAGUUCGUGUUUAUGCAACGGCUAUUUAUGCUGGAUGUGCUGUUUUUGCUCUGAUUUUCGCUCUUUUGAUUCAUGACAAGCUGCUAACAUUGAUUGCAAUCAUAUGUGAGAUAUGUGCACUCUUCUGGUAUAGCUUGAGCUACAUCCCUUUUGCUCGGCGGAUCGUCUCCGACCUGAUGGUGAAGCUCUGCGACACUGAACUAUGAUUUCAUCGCUCCAGCAAAAUCAGAGACCCGGUUCAUCUCCAUCGCUCCAGCAGUGCAUGUAUUCCGCCCAUUUCCCUGUUCUCUGAUGACUGGUGGCUGGAUCAAGCUCCGUAUUGUGCAUAAAUGCUACACGAGCGGCACUUUACUUGUGCAGCUCACAACUCCCUUCUGUAAUCCUUGAUUCCAUUUGUUUAUUUGAACUGAAUCAAAUUCUGUGCAAAUUACAGUAGUUGCUACAAAACCCAGA